GACAUAGACUGACAAGUCUGAUGCCCACAUCUGAUCCCCUGAUACAUCCCUACUUCUACUGGCCUAACUAUGGCUACGAGAAAUAUUGGGCAGACGGUGACUGGAUAAUAAGGGACCAUAAAUAUGACCUAGGGCCGAACGAGACCACGACCAAGAUACCCUUGGUGUGCGGGGAAGAAUGCAAUUACAUGAACCGCAAGAUCGGAGAAGUAUGCGGCCAGAGAGCCUCCUGGUAUAGAUUUCCCAGCUGUUAUGAUGACUCGUGCUACGGGAUGAUUUUUAAGGAAAUACUUAUUUAUAACUACAGAACCUUCGAAACGUACUGUAAAUUUCUGGACCAGCAGUGCCGCGACACUGACUACUACAGAUGGACUCUGAUACACCGCGGUGCGUGCAUCAAGCGGCAGGAAAGAAUAUUAAAGCCUCUCAUGAAACAACCGGUACUCGUCUCGAGAGCCUGGGCCUACCUCUCCACCUGGAACAAAACCUACGAAGCGCUGUUUAGCGAGUCAACCGCCUCCACGCCAAGAGUUAUUAUAACUGGUCGUACUACAAAAUCAACGACAACAAUGACACCGGCUAAAUGGCCUUGAAUUCCGUCAGAGUUAUUAAAAUUUUAUGUUCGAA